AUGAACAGAGUAUUCAAAGACUCAUCCUUUUAUUCGCCGAUAUUCGACGUCGUGAAUCUCAACGCUUCGUCCACAGUCAUCAAUGGGCGCUUCCGGGACCGCGAGUCUAUAUGGCGCCAGGCUCCAUCUCCCGAGGUUGACGCCGCUUGGAACCGUGCUGCGGCAGAGGGGUUCGAGCUGGUCGGCGUGUCUCGGGACGAUGUCAUCAAGUCCAACAAAGACCCCGAUUCCUGUGUGCAGAUACCGUCGAGCUGGGGCGAGCAGCUUGGCGAUAACAACUACCUGGCCCAGAUUGACGUCUUUCACCAAAUACAUUGCCUUGACAUGAUUCGGAGAGAAGCCUUCUCAGACCACUACUUCAAGGACACUAUACGCGAUGAGCGACGCACUAGUCAUCUGACUCACUGUCUGCACAUUGUGCUACAAAACCUCAUGUGCACCGCCGAUGUGGGCAUAAUCACUCACAACUGGAUACGGAACGAACGAUAUCCAACGGAACCGAAGACCCGUCCUUUUGAGGACUUUAACAUAGUCAAGAAGUGCAGAAACUUUGAUGCUCUCCUAGACUGGACCGAGGCCCACGCUAUAAAGCACCCGGACACGAGGUAUGCACAGCUUCAGUGGAAGCCAGGUAUGAAGAUCACGCCUGGUGAUGGAUACGGGCCCGAGUCACCAACAGAAACCAAUGAGACAGCGCGGUAG